CCCUGGCCCUCUGUCUGGACAGUGCUGAUUGGCCCUGUGCUGAUCACAUGCACUCUCCCAAGAAAACAAAAACACCUCUCUAGCAAUACACACCAAACUGAGCAUGUACACAGUGUCUCCACACGAUAUGUCCUAUCAGUUCUUCAUGAAGGUUCUGAAAUGAGGAAGCAAAACACUGUCUCUACGAAGAUGUACUCCCCUAUACAGAGACACAGUCAUUAUUGGGGAAAUGAUCAGGGACACUACAGACCAGAUACAGUAAAUGCAGGGUCCUGGGUUUAGUAAUACUU